GCCCUUCUCCGCACCCCUGCGCUCCGACGCCGGGUGGUGGAGGCCGCGAUAGGACCCGGACGCUGAUUGGCUGCUGAGGGUCCGGAGGGUGGGAGCCGCUCCGUCUUCGCGGGCCUAAUCGUCUUUCCCGCCAUGUCGUUUGUGGAGAGCGGGAGCGUUUUGGCUUUGCGGCGCCACCGCCUUGGCACUCCGGCCCCACUCUCUCGGCCAGUGUAUUCCGCCUUUUCUCAGGGGGACAGUUGGGGUGAGGGCGAGGUCGACGAAGAGGAGAGAUGCGACCAAGUGGCCCGCGAUCUGCGGGCAGAGUUCUCGGUCAGGGGAUCGUCGGAACCCAGGAAGGACUCGCUGCUACCGUUGGACCGGGACGGGUCUCCGGUUCUGCCCAAUAAGCGCAAUGGCAUCUUCCUGGCGACUGCGGCCAGCCGAGCCCCGGCUCGGCGGUGGCCGGUGCAGGUCCUCUCUGUGCUCUGUUCGCUUAUAUUCGCCGCUCUCCUCGCCUUCCUCCUUGCCAUCGUCUACCUGAUCGUAAAAGAGUUACAUGCUGAGAAUCUGAAGAAUGAAGAUGGUGUAGACACUGGGCUAUUAGGAUUCUGGAGUCUGCUUAUAAUAUCUGUAACUGCUGGAUUCUCCUGUUGCAGCUUUUCUUGGACAGUGACUUAUUUUGAUUCUUUUGAACCAGGAAUGUUUCCUCCUACUCCUCUUUCACCUGCCAGAUUCAAGAGACUCACUGGACAUUCUUUCCACAUGGGCUAUAGCAUGGCAAUUUUGAAUGGCAUUGUAGCUGCUCUUACCAUAGCAUGGUGUCUCAUGUAAACCCACACUGGAGCAAUAUUAUUGGAAAAACUUGGUCAUGAUUGUUUUGUAAUAACAGAGAAGAUCAUCACUGCCUACUCAGAGGACUGAUAAACCUGCUGUUCGUAUUGGGAUUCAGAUAUGUGUCAGAAUUAUCACCACUUACGGAGACCUUUUAUGCAUGGUUCUAGAACCUAGGCAUUGGGAAUAUCUGAGUAUUAAGUUUCAAGUAUUUUCUUAAAAGUGUAAGAUGUUUACCUCAUUUUUUUACUUUUGUAUGUAUAAUUAUUACAAAUUGUAGAAAAAAAUGUAAUGGAAAUCAAACUUGAAAACUUGAAUACAAGACAAUGCCUACCUUUCCAUGUGUAUAGUCCAUUUCACCUAAGAAAUACUGAUCUUGCUGUUUAACUGAGAAAUGUUUCUUAUUUACACAUUAUAUUGGGAAAGCAAACAAUGCCUACUAAUUUGACAUUUUAUAGUAGCUACUUUUAAUCAGAAUAUUUAGUUUUCGAUAUUCAUGUAUUCACUAGAAGGUGCAUUUAUAUUUUUUAUGGGGCAUACUUAUGUUUUUGGGGUAUUUUUGUUUACAUAGUUUCCUAUUACAAACUGAAUUUAUAUGUUUUUAAAAUUACUCAUGUAGACAAAUGUAAACGCUAUUUUUUAGCUGGUGCAAACUUAAUACCUGCAUUUUUUACAAGUAUUUUGUCUUUUUAAAAAAACAAAAAAGCACACUGAUCUGAGUUUAAAAUCAAGUAAGCUUAUUUCUAAGAAGAAAUGACUGAAAAAGGUAAAUUAUUUAAGUCAUUAAAUUAUUGAGGAAGUUGAAGCUGUUCACUAUUUCUGUUUCCAUAAUUCCAAGUAUUUAUCUUGGUGUGCAUAUGGUUACUUCAACAGAAGUUAUAUUAUUUUGUUUUUAAUAAAUAUAAACCUGAAAUUUUUAUAUGUAGAAAUGCUUGAACUAGUUUUUUUGUUUUAAUCUCAAAAAUUUAGUUACCAAAGGAGAAGAAGUAUUUUGGUAUACACACACAUACACACAC